AUGUCCAAACUUCCAGCAGGAGCUGAACAAAGCCAAGAGGCCAACAAUGACAAGGAAGAAUGCAAACGGGCAACAUCAAUCUUUGAUUCCAAUGCCUCUGGGACACCCGCAAACAUCAAGGGGAGGAGAAAAGGAGCCUCAUGGAGGGUGGCAGCAGUGAUACAUUUCAAAGGAAACCAGAUUCUUUCCAUUGAGUUUAAUGCUACAAAAAAUCAUUCAGGAAAUUACACAUGUUCACACCUUGCUGGAGAUUCUGUGUUGGUGCAGGUGCUUGUUACAGAAAAAGCAGAAGACAGGACUGAGAUGGAAAUAUUUACCGCAAAUCAUACUUUAGAGCCGACUGUGAAUCAAGAGCUCAAAACACAUUGUAAAUUAGGAUUUUAUGAUCAGGAUUUGAGGAUAUUUAGUGAAGGACAUUCUGUGAAAAUGGGAGAUCUUAUUCCAGAUGGAGCCAGUAUUAUUUUUCACUGUCACCCUGUUGGAAAAAGUCGUUUAUUUGGCAUUAAGAAAACAUACUGCCAUAAAGGAGAAUGGAAUGAUAUUACUUUUCCAUCUUGUCAGGCUAACAACGCUUGGGAUGAUGUUUUUAUAGACUUCAGUGAAGAAGGAGUGAUUUCUGAAGGUGGAAUUAUUGUAUUUCCUCCUGAUAAAAAACUAUACCUUAACUGUCAUACUGUUGACGAACAAAUCUACAAGAAUGCAGAGUUUGAAACUAAUGUCCAGGGUGUUUCAUCAUCUGUCUGUUGGAGAUUUUCAUGUAAAUAUAUCUACAUAAAAUUAUACACCAGUGAGAAAUAUUCCGGGAAUUAUACGUGUGGAAUUCCAGGAGGAAAGUCUGUCUCAGUACAGAUCUCAAUUCGAAAGACAGAAUGCCCAGAGAUCCCAAGAAGCAGAGGACUGGAAGUCAAUUAUGAAAAUAAUCGACAAUUUAAUAGUAUUGUUAGCUUUACUUGCCAAGAGCCAUUGCAUCUUACAGGAACCAAGGAAGCAAAAUGUUUAACAACAGGAAAGUGGUCUGAACAAACUCCUUUCUGCUAUAUUUCAGGUAAUUUUUGUUCUCCAAUAUUGUUGUCAGAAGGUUUACUUAUCAAAUACAGUAAUAUGCAAAACAAAGGAAGUUGGGCUGACUUCUCCUGUGAACCACCUUUGCAACUUGAUGGACCACAACGUUUGCUGUGUCAAAAUGAUGGUAGAUGGUCUGGCAUACUACCAGCAUGUAUCCAUGGUUCCAAGUGUGAUGUAGAAACGUUGUAUAAGGUGCUACCUCCAGAUAUAACCCCAGAUGUCACCAAGUCAUUUUAUGAUACAGAUGAAGAAGUAGAUGUGUUUUGUCAUAAUGAAGAGUUUGUUAUUGUGGGACCCACAACUGUACAGUGUUUGGCAUCAGGCAACUGGCAUAUACCAGAAUUGAAAUGUGAACGGGGCUGUCGACCUUUGAAAAGUUCCCCUGAUUCUUCUGUUAUCAUUACAAAUCCAAAAACGUAUUACCUUUUUGGUGAAGCUAUGAUCUUGGAAUGCCCUGAAGGACAAUAUAUGGAAAAUAAUGUUUUUCAAAUAGUCUGUUUGUCCUUUACCUGGUCACAAAGCUCUCUACCUAACUGUGUCAACAAAACAAAUAUUCCUUGAUAUAUUACGUAUUUGAGAGGUUUUUUUCAUUAAUACUAAUUGAUUAUACUUGCUUUCCUUUUUUAACAUGUUCAAAUUUCCAGUUGUAUUUUCAUAAAGAAGAUUUUUAUGAAUUGAAACAGUUGCCUUUACUUAAAAAAAUACAAUUGUAUUUUCUUGAAUUAAGUGUUUAUUUCAAAAAUAAUCAGAAAAUUCUAUAAAGAAAGUAAAUUUAGAAUUAUUGAAUACAUUUUUAAGUUUUGAUUUUCUUUACCAUCAGUUGUAAAAGAGAAAUUAAAUAAAUAUAAGGUUUCAUCUAAA